UCGUUUAGCUGAUAAACAACAAGAAGAAAGCAUGGAAAGAAUUGUUCAGGCAGUGGGAGAGGUGCCACCUUUCACUCGAUUUUAUAUGUUAGCAGCAGUGACGUUAUCGACUGCAACAUCCAUAGGAAUAAUAUCACCGAGUUCAUUGAUCUAUGUACCCAAUAAGGUGUUCAGUGGCCAAUACCAAGUGUGGAGAGUGUUUACGAGUUUUUUAUACUUUGGUGACUUGAAAUUCAGUCUUCUAAUGCAUUUGUUUUUCAUAAGAAGAUCAAUGGGAGAGCUAGAAGAAUCAUUUUCAACCAAAUUUAAUCAUAUACCCAGUAGGUAUAAAAGAAGCGAGGAGGAUACCACGGUUGUGAAUGAGUUUAUUGAUAGAAAUCGCAGUUACGACUUCUUUUACUAUAUAUUUCUGGCAUGUAUUGGAAUCUUUAUUAUGGUUACUUAUGGGUAUAUACAGAGAGAUAUGAAGAUUGUUCAAUUGGGACCAUUGUUGGACGAUAUAAUGUUGUAUAUUCUAUGCAAGCGCCAACCAACAAUCCAGUUCACCAUUUUGUUUUUGUUUGAUAUCAAUGGAGCUUUACUUCCAUACGUGUUGAGUGUCUUGAAUUGGGUUGCAUCAGGUGAAUUGAGAACGGAUGUAUUUGGAUCCAAUUCAGGCUUGAGUGAUGUUUUUGGUAGAAUCUUGAGACUGAAAGUUCUCUGGCAGACUUUUGUUUGUCAUACCAUUGGCCAAUUAUGGUGGUUUGUCAAUGAUGUUAUAUUCGACACCAUUCAUUCUCCAACAACUGAUUGUGUGAAUAAGUUACAUGAAAAAUAUACAAAAACAAAUACCUUUAAUUACAUGUUCAGUCAUACUUUCGAUUUACUACAGAUUUUAUGUCUACCACCUUGGUACUGGGUACUUUUCUACCGUUUGGAAAUCUCAAGACCUGAUCCGGGUCUUAAUGAAAGAUACCCUGUAACUUAUAGUAGUGUUGAUUAUUCUAAAUUAUUCGACCAAGACACUUUAAAUGCUCCAACUCAAAAUUAAUAAACUAAUGCAUAACGA